AUGACCAUUACCUAUCGCAACGGUGUUGGAAUUGGUGAACUGAUCGUCUAUAUCCCUUCCCUCUUCCUCUCCGUCUUCCUCGCUUUUCGUCAUGGAUUCGGCCGCAGUGCAGGCUGGUACUUCCUCAUAAUCUUCUGUCUCGCUCGAAUCAUCGGUCCCUGCAUGUCUCUCGCCGCCAUAUCUUCUCCUUCGGUAUCCCUCUACACCGGCGCACUCAUCCUGCAAAACAUCGGCUUAUCGCCUUUGAUACUCACUACAUUGGGACUCUUAAGUCGCGUUUUAGACAGCAUCAAUCGAAAUACCCACACACUCAUCCAACCUCGCAUGCUGAAACUCAUCGAGAUACUUACAUUGGUCGGCUUGAUACUUGGUAUUGUGGGUGGACUUAAUGCAAGUGAUACCUACACUUCGACUGGGAAAUGGGUGCCGGGAACCGAAAGCAAAGUUUCUAACGUCUUGUUUAUUGUUUCAUUCGUGGCAAUUAUAGCCACCACAAUACUCAUCAGUUUCUCAAUCUCACAUGCGGAAGGUGGGGAGAAGAGGAUUUUGUUGGGAAUUGCCAUCGCGUUGCCAUUCCUGUUUGUUCGACUCUUGUAUUCCGUUCUUUCGACAUUCGUGACACACUCUACGAAAUUCAAUGCUUUCAGUGGAAGCGUCUCGAUUUUGUUAUGUAUGGACCUGCUUGAAGAAUUGGUCAUUGUGGUUGUCUAUUUGGCAAUUGGAGUCACAUUGAAAGUUAAAUCUAAAGACGUGGUUGCAGAUACGGAGAUCCAACGGGUUUCAGGGACUUCGGAAAGUGAGGAACCGCUUGGUCGACAAAACCAGCAGAAAAGAACACAACAACAGAAUCAAAAAGCAGGAGCAGAAAAUGUAGUGUUGAGGAUUGCGAAGAAGACGAUUAUUGGGAGGUUGGUAAUGGCAUUCAUACCAGAGAAGAAGGCAGAUGUGGAGAUGCAGCAUUAUGUUCAAAAAUAA